GAGCGGGGCCGGCGCCGCGGCCGCUUCUCCUCGCCGAGCUGCUGCCGCCUCUGGGCGGACUGGCGGACGAGUGGACGCCCGAAGCUGGGGGCCGCGCGGCGGGACCGGCGGGACGCCGCGGGGCUGACCGGCCCCGAUGAGGCGGAAGGAGAAGCGGCUUCUGCAGGCGGUGGCGCUGGUGCUGGCGGCCCUGGUCCUCCUUCCCAACGUGGGACUCUGGGCGCUGUACCGCGAGCGGCAGCCCGACGGCACCCCCGGGGAAUCGGGGGCAGCGGUGCCCCCGGCAGCCGGACAGGGAUCACACAAUCAACAAAAGAGGAUAUUUUUCUUGGGCGAUGGGCAGAAGCUGAAGGACUGGCAUGACAAAGAAGCCAUCAGAAGGGAUGCUCAGCGUGUAGGAAAUGGAGAACAAGGGAGACCUUACCCCAUGACCGAUGCCGAGAGAGUGGAUCAGGCGUACCGAGAAAAUGGAUUUAACAUCUACGUCAGUGAUAAAAUCUCCCUGAACCGCUCUCUCCCUGAUAUUCGGCACCCAAACUGCAACAGCAAACGCUACCUGGAGACGCUCCCCAACACCAGCAUCAUCAUCCCCUUCCACAAUGAGGGUUGGUCCUCCCUCCUCCGCACCGUCCACAGCGUGCUGAACCGCUCGCCCCCAGAGCUGAUCGCCGAGAUUGUGCUGGUCGAUGACUUCAGUGAUCGAGAACACCUGAAGAAGCCACUUGAAGACUACAUGGCCCAUUUCCCCAGUGUGAGGAUUCUCCGAACCAAGAAACGGGAAGGUCUGAUAAGGACCCGGAUGCUAGGGGCCUCGGCAGCAAUUGGGGAUGUCAUCACCUUCCUGGACUCACACUGUGAAGCCAAUGUCAAUUGGCUCCCUCCCUUGCUCGACCGCAUCGCUCGGAACCGCAAGACCAUCGUGUGCCCGAUGAUUGAUGUGAUUGACCACGAUGACUUCCGGUAUGAGACGCAGGCAGGGGAUGCCAUGCGGGGCGCCUUUGACUGGGAGAUGUACUAUAAGCGGAUCCCCAUCCCUCCAGAACUGCAGAAGGCCGACCCCAGCGACCCAUUUGAGUCUCCCGUGAUGGCCGGUGGACUCUUCGCCGUGGAUCGGAAGUGGUUCUGGGAGCUGGGCGGGUACGACCCAGGCCUGGAGAUCUGGGGAGGCGAGCAGUAUGAAAUCUCAUUCAAGGUGUGGAUGUGUGGGGGCCGCAUGGAGGAUAUCCCCUGCUCCAGGGUGGGCCAUAUCUACAGGAAGUACGUACCCUACAAAGUCCCUGCUGGCGUCAGCCUGGCCCGGAACCUGAAACGAGUGGCGGAAGUGUGGAUGGACGAGUACGCCGAGCACAUCUACCAGCGCCGGCCUGAGUACCGCCACCUCUCCGCUGGGGACGUGGCCGCCCAGAAGAAACUGCGCAGCUCCCUUAACUGCAAGAGUUUCAAGUGGUUCAUGACCAAGAUCGCCUGGGACCUGCCCAAAUUCUACCCGCCCGUGGAGCCCCCGGCCGCUGCUUGGGGGGAGAUCCGCAACGUGGGCACGGGGCUGUGUGCGGACACGAAGCAUGGGGCCCUGGGCUCCCCGCUGAGGCUGGAGGGCUGCGUCCGGGGCCGCGGGGAGGCCGCCUGGAACAACAUGCAGGUGUUCACCUUCACCUGGAGAGAGGACAUCCGGCCUGGGGACCCCCAGCACACCAAGAAGUUCUGCUUCGACGCCAUCUCCCACACCAGCCCUGUGACCCUGUACGACUGCCACAGCAUGAAGGGCAACCAGCUGUGGAAAUACCGAAAAGACAAGACCCUGUUCCACCCCGUCAGUGGCAGUUGCAUGGAUUGCAGCGAAAGUGACCACAGGAUCUUCAUGAACACCUGCAACCCCUCCUCUCCCACCCAGCAGUGGCUGUUUGAACAUACCAACUCAACAGUCCUGGAGAAAUUCAAUAGCAACUGAGCCUGCACGCCCACGGCAGGCCUGGCAGGGUCCCCAUGCCGCUCGCUGCAGGGUUUCCGUGGGCACCGGGACGGAAGGUGCCGGCCAGCCGGCGCAGGGCGGAGCGGGCUCCUGAAGCGGGAGCCAGGCGUCUGCCUGGUGUGGGGCCUGCGCUGCGGGGACCGUGUGGGGUGCAGACCCCACAAGAGGCCCCACGAGGGCACAGGCCCUGCUGUAACUCCUGACAGUACCGUGGAAACCCGGCGGGCCUGCUCAGCUUUGUCACCUUGUUCCCUUGAGCAGGAGAAAUGCCAGGGCAGCCCUAGGCCACCCAAAAAGGAGGCGUGUAUAUGACAGUCCUUUAGAAAGGGAAGCAAACUUUGCUAGCUCAUCGUCACCCAUCUGCAGGGGAAAAGAAAGGAGUGUUUCUUGGGGACGCUGGUUUCAGCCUUUUCACGUCUGCCCACCACGGGGGUAAAUGCAGUUCCUGGCACGCUUCUGCGCCCUGUCACAGCCCCAGGUAAUGCAGUCGAAGGCCCCACCUGGGGCCCUCAGAGUGUUCGGUAUCGGACGCCGGCCAGCCGCCAGGCCUGGGGUCAGGGACUGGACCCUCAGGCGUUCCUUUGCAGCUGUGGACACACAGGGUGUUACCGCUUGCUCUCUGGGUACUUGAAAUGCCCAUUUUAGUGCCCUCCGGGCACAGGGACAGCUCAGCCACCAGCUUUUUCAGACUGUUUCAGAUGGCCGUGGGCCCUGGAAAAGGCCUAGUAGAUGAUCUCCAAACUAGGAAUUCUGGCUGAAUUUCCUUGGUCAGUGCUUCUGUCUCCUCUCCCCUCCCCUCCUCUCCCCUC